AAGUAUUUUUUUAGUUUAGAUACUCAACUUAUCAUUAAUGAUAAUUGAAGUAAUUUAUUGUUAUAACAACAAAGUUAAAUUUUUUCGUAAGAUAAUCUAGAACGUACGCACCAAGUUUAAUAGUAUACUGGGGACAUUUAUAAAACAAAUAAAAAAGACAAUGCAAAACUGCUCAACUGUUUAAUCACCAAAUGAGAAAUUUAAUCAAAAUACGUUGAAAAUGAUAGGAAAAAAAAACUUUUCAAAUUUUGGUUUUUGCUUUGGUAAUUUAUUUUAACAAAUAAUUAGUUACUAAAGAAAGUUGCUUCGGUACUGUAAAAUUACAGUUCAUACUGUUGCAAUCAACAUUACAAUAACUACAUUACAGAAGUAUUUGUAGCUUAUAAAUACUUACAAGAAGAAUGCCGAGAAUGGAUUACAACUUUAAUAACACUGUCUCACUAUGCGAAUCAAUAGAAGACGGCGAAGAAGUUUCACUCAAGCCAGAUAAUCAAGAUACGAUUCAAUUAGACACUUUGGGCAACGAACACGCUGACAGUGAUGGUAGUAUUAAAUUUGUCUUAACUGGCUUAUUGGUAUCUCAAAAUGAUAUAGUUUCUUCAAAAGACUUAAAAAAAGGCUGGAAAAAGUAUUUUCUUAUAGGUGUUGUUAUUUUUAUUACGAUAUUAAUUAUUGGGGGAAUUGUUGCUUUAUUUACACUUAAAAAGUCAAACGAUAAAAUUUGUUUACAACAAGCUUGUAGAAAAGAAAACCUAUCGCUUCCAAAGUAUGCACCUUCCUCUUCAUCUUCUUCAUCUUCUAAAACAACUUCAAACUCUUCUUCUUCGCCAUCUUCUUCUUCAUCUUCUUCAUCCACAAUAACAAAAAAUCCUGUUGAAAAACAAAAUGAACUAGUAUGUGAAACAGAGAGGUGCACACUUUUAGCCGAAAACCUCAAAAAAUCAAUAAACUUUUCUGUAGAUCCGUGUGAUGAUUUUCAUGAGUUUGCUUGUGGUAUAUGGCCUGCUACUCAUCCAAUUCCUCCAUCAGAAGCAAAACUAGAUACAAUGGGACUUUUAAAUUUAAACAAAAAUAUGGCACUUCGUGAUAUAAUAGAAAAACAAAAAAAUCAGUCUAGUGGAGAUGGCUUCAAAGCUAAAAUUAUUCGAUUUUAUGAUUCCUGUAUGAACAUGGAGUUAGUAGAAAGCUUAGGAAGCAAUCCUCUUAAAAAGUUCUUAUUGAAUUUUGGUAAGUGGUCUCCUGUAAAAUCUAAUGCAACUAAUGACAAAGACAUCACAAGCUUGCUUAUUCAAAGCCAUCAAUAUUUUACUCCGUCUGUCUACGAUGAUACAAUUCAAUCACCUCUCUUUAAAUCUAUUGUCAAAGUAAAUGACAUUGACUCAUCAAGACAUAUUUUAGAGUUUAACACGCCAGAUUUUCCGAUUCCUGAUCCUUCUAUAUAUCUCAUGGAUGAUCCAAACUCUAAAUUUAUUCGUGAAAAAUAUCGUAAUUUGAUGAAAAGUUAUGUUUCACUUCUUGAGCCAGAGGAAAAUGCUGAUAAAGUUAUUGAAGACAUUAUUUUUUUUGAGACUGAACUUGCAAAGAUUGCAAUGGAUGCUUCAUUUAUUAGAAACGUCAUGCAGCAAUACAACUUGACAAGUGUCAAAAGGUUUAAUGAUUAUGUUGGGUCACAGAUUGAUUGGUUGCGUUUAACCAAUGGAUACUUUAGGUAUUUAAACAUUGAAAUAAAAGAUUACACACUUAUUGGUAUUAGAUCAUUAGACUAUUUUAAAUCACUUAAUGAGUUGAUAGCAGUAACUGAUAAACGGAUUGUAAAAGACUACAUUAUCUGGAUAACAGUUUGGAAGUAUGGCUCUUAUGCCUCUAGUCUUUUUCAAGAAGCUGAGUUUACCUUUAUUAGCUCAGUGCUUGGUUUAAAGGAAAAACCAGAUAGGUGGAAAAAGUGCAUUGCUGAUAUUGAACAAACAAUGGAGUUCGGGUUGGCUUCGUUGUAUGUAGAAAAAGCUCUGACAGACUCUGAUAAAAUAUUGGCAACAGAGAUUUUAUUGAAUAUCACCGAUGAGUUCAAAAAAAAUUUAAUUAAUGUUCUUUGGAUGGAUGAUUCUACUAAAGCAAAAGCCUUUGAAAAGGUUAAUUCUAUUCAAUAUAACAUUGGGUAUCCAGAUUAUGUAAAAAAUGAUACAUAUCUAAACAUAUUGUAUGACAAGGUUAAAGUAUCCAAAGAUACAUAUUUUGAUAAUGUAUUAAUGAUGUUUUCUGAAAAAAGGUUAUCAAAUUUGGGGAUUCUCCUGAAAGUUGUUGAUAAAACAGUGUAUGAUUUGCCUCCCACUCUUGUGGAAGCAUACUUUGAUCCUAACAAAAACAAAAUGGUUUUUUUGGCAGGCAUAUUGCAAAUUCCAUUCUAUGAUAAUCUUGGGCCUAUGGCUUUAAACUAUGGUGCUUUAGGCCUUGUAGUAGGUCAUGAAGUUACACAUGCAUUUGAUGAUUUAGGCCGUCAGUUUGAUAAAAAUGGUGAGCGUAAAAACUGGUGGAGUGAGGCAAGUUUAAAUGCAUUUCAUGAAAGAUCAGGAUGUAUGGCCGAGCAAUAUUCUAUGUACUCGAUGUAUGGAAUUAAUGUAAAUGGAAACCUGACCCUGGGCGAAAACAUAGCAGAUAAUGGAGGAAUCAAAGUAGCUUUUUUGGCUUAUAAAAAAUGGCAGUCUUUUCAUGGGGAAGAAAAACGUCUUCCUGGGAUUCCACUAACUAUGGAGCAGUUACUUUUUGUUUCACAUGCACAAGUUUGGUGUGGUGCUUACAGAGAAGAAUACAUUAAAAGACAUUUAAAAAUAGAUUAUCAUUCUCCAGCUAAAUACAGAGUAAUAGGUCCACUUGCCAAUCUUGAAGAAUUUUCACGCGCAUUUAAUUGCACAUCCGGUUCGACCAUGAAUCCAAUAAAAAAGUGCAGAGUAUGGUAGCUUAUUUACUAACUGCUAGUUUUCAAUAAAUUUUCAAUAAUCAAAGAUACUACGAUGCAUUGUAUUAUAUAUAUAUAUUUAUUUAUAUUAUUAAUAUAACUUAUAUUAAAAUUAUUUAAUAAUAUUUUAUUCUAAUAUACAGAGAUUUGUUUUGUGUGUAGAUAUAUACGUAUUUUCUAAAUCUUUUUUUUAUAUAUAUAUAUAUAAUUAUUGCGUUUUGCAAUUUUUUUAUGUAUUUAUUUUACGUCUUUAGUAACGACUGACCUUAUUAGGUUUUUGAACUUUUUUAUUGUCUGUAACAUAGUUUUAAAAUUAGUCAUGCAUCAUUAGUCAUGUAAUUUAUUGAACUUUGAGCGAAAAGCAUAAUAGUUUAAAAGCGUUUUUGCACUUAAAAACUAUUUCAUGAUUUUUAACAAAAACAGACAAAAAAUAUUUAAGUUUUGUAAAUGAUUUUUUUUUUUUUAACAAAGUUUUCGAAA